AUGAUCUAAAAACCUUCUUUAGAGGAUUUAUUAAAAUAAAAAUGGAGUGAUAAAUAUGAAAAAUAAAGAGCAUUAUUUAGAUCCACUUUGAAAUUCAUUCAUACUAAAUCAAUCUAGCCAUUCAAAGGUUAUUUUAAUUUACAAUUAGUAAUUAUCUUCUAUUCAAUUAGAGAUUGAAAAUAAAGUACCAACACAAAUUAGAGAUCCUGAAACAGAAUUGAUUGGAGAAUUUAAUGAAAAUGAUAUUAACUUUCUUAAUGUAGAAUCAGGUGAAAUCCUUUUUCGAGUAGAUUUCUCUAAUGGUCAAAUUGUAGAUGAUGAUAAUAAUGUAAAUGAAAACAAUGACAAUCCAAUAUUAAUUAAUACUGCACCAAUUUGUUCAUAUCAUUCAAUACUUGUUCCAUUUUUAAAUUCUAAAUUUCAAUAACUUUUAAGUGGAUUUAUUGCUGAAAGUGUUUUUAUCCUCUUUAAGAUUUCAACUUCACCACAUCUUCGAAUUGGAUAUAAUAGGUAUAAUGUUUAGUAAUUAAUUUUAUUUAGUAAAUUAGCUAAUUGUUCUAUAAAUCAUUUACAUUUACAUCUUAUUUAUGUUGAUCAAAUUUUUGAAAACAAUAAAUUCCCUAUAGAAGAAUUUCCAAUCAAACCCAUAGCUAAUAUUCAUAAUACAACUCUUGGUGAAGUUGAAAAUUAUCCUAUAAGAACUUUAGUAGUGACUGGUGAAAAUAUCAUUGAAUUGUUAUCUUCAACUAUUGAUACUCUUUUAGCUCAUGAAAUACCUCAUAAUAUAAUGUUUGUUAAUCCAUAAAUGGCAUACAUUUUCCCAAGAGUACUAAUGUAAUAUUAUUAUAGAAAAAUCAAUUUGAAUUUAUUCAUGAACAUGGAAUGAAACCAGCAUAUGCAGAACUUAGUGGUUUAAUGAUUUGUAGGACUAAAAAGUAUUACGAAGAAUUAACACUCAAAGAAAUUGAAAUCAGAUUAUCUGAACUAACCCAUCCCCUUUUUGAUAAUGUAGUAUAAGAAUUGAUCAUGUUAUCAUCUGAAUGAUAUUGUUAUAAAAGUAUUAAAAAUAACACAAAU